GAGGAACUCACGGAGGUAAAGGAGGAGCUGGUCUGUAGGUUCAACCCGGUAGACUGUGCAGUCGGGCCACAACUCAACCGGGUUGGGUGGCGAGCGAACAGCGACCACGUCCAUUCUCCCGAGUACAAGAAUAGGCAUAGACUAACCCACCUCUAUCUUCGCCUCUAUCUCCUUUACUAUUGUUAGCGGGGGAUGGGAUGGAUAGGGAAGGGGGAGAAUGAGGGGAAGAGAGCCGCUGCUUCUGCACUGGGUCAGCGUCAGGGGCAGGGGGAGGAGGAGCCUGUCUCGUCGUGAGUGCAUUUUUUUAUCGGUCCCCUUUCGCUCGGCCGCUUUUCUUUCCUUGGCUUUCGUCGGGGGAAGGGCAAGCGGAGGCGCGGAAAGUAAAGGAAGGAAAGGAAAAGAAGAAGAGGAGGAGGAGGAGGAGGAGGAGGAGGAGGAAGAGAAGAAGGAGAAGAAGAGAGGAGGAGGUGAUGAUGAAGGGAUGAUGCAGGAUCAUCGCUGCUUCUGCUGCUGCGCUCCUUCUUCUUAG